AUGUCCGCUUUGUAUUGUUACGGUGUUAUUUUGCAAAUUUUCAUUAUUUGCAUAUUUCAUGUCGAUUUGAAUGCCUUUAUAUGGCCGGUUACCACACCAGCGACUACUGGACAAAUUGCCCACAACUUUUCGGAGGCUAUUGCAAAAAUUGUGGAACAUUUUUACAUUGGCGAAUAUCGACGUAGACAUUUUCAAUUUUUAUUCAAAGUAAAAAAUCCCAAGGAUAGAUAUUUCUUCCAGGACAUUGUGGAUGAGACCACACAUUUGUUGGAGAAUAGCAUUACAAUAUUUUUGGGUAAUGGUGAGCCCAUACCAAUAUCGAAUGAUAUGCAGUUUUGCAUAUUGUUGGUGGAUUCGACGGAAUCUUUGGGAUAUCUCUACGACAACAUCAUUCAACAUCAUCUCUAUAUAUCUGGUUCCUAUUUUAUUGUACUGCAUACGGUUCCCACACCAAAUCAUUACUAUGAGGAAUUAUAUGAAGCCUCCCAUUUAUCUUUGUCGGCUGGAAUUAGUCAUGCCAACAUACUCAUCUACAGCGAUCACAAUACCAUUCUACUAUUCCAUGAUGUAUCCUUUUCGGAAUUCCACUGCAAGGCUAAUGUGCCAGUUGUCCAUAAUAAAUUCACCAAAGGUCAAUGGCUGCAUAGGAACUUUUAUGUGGCCAAGUCUAAAAAUUUGCACGGUUGCACAUUGGUUUGUGCUACCUGGGAGGAUAUGCCCUAUUUUCAAAUAAAGCCGAACUCUAAUGGGAGUAACUUUAUGGGCCUGGAAGGAAGAUUAUUGGAAUACUUAGCGGAACGCAUGAAUUUCACCAUACAUUUUCGUUGGUUGAAUAAGAAGGAGAUAAAUAGGACUAUCUAUGAUCAGAGUCAUAUUUUGGAUGAGCUUUUUGAAAACGGCACCGAUUUUGUUUUUGGCGCCUUCCACUACAAGCCGAGGCUACUCAAUGAUUCCUACACACCAACAAAUCCCUAUUUUCUAAGUUCCUAUUACUUUGUUAUUUCUUCAAGGAGUGAACCAUUUGACCACUUUGUUAGACUUCUGUUACCUUUUGCCAGUGAAAUUUGGUUUAUUUUGAUAAUCAUUUUGGUUGGCGGUAAUAUCGUUCUAUUCACCCUUACGCAUAUGGAUAGAAAAUUGAAAUAUUUCCUACUGGGAACCAAGGAACAAAGACCGCUUUAUAAUAUGCUUGUAAUAAGUCUGGGAGGACCAGUGGCUAGAGAUCCCUUGGUGCCAUUUUCACGUUUCCUGCUUAUGGUAUGGCUAUUGGCCUCAUUCGUAUUGCGUACGAUUUACCAAGGCCUAAUGUUUAAAUUUAUAAAGAAUGAUUUAAGACUGUCACCGCCAAAGACUUUGGCAGAAUUGCUGGCCUUCAACUACACUCCACUAAUGACCGAGACGGUGUAUAAUACAAUAAAGAAUAUGUCACGUUUAUCUAAGAGAGCGGUUAUUCUAAAUGAUUCGGAAGUCAAUAGUUUCGAAAUGCUAAGACAUCCCGAGAGAUAUGACUACAUUAGAAUGAGCAUAUUGACAGCUUUCGAAUAUUUUGGAUAUUUUAAACAGAACUAUACUGACCGUAACGAGUUCUAUGUGGUACCGCAAAUCCUGUUCACCCAACAACUGAGUAUUUAUAUGAGAAAGAAUUCACAAUUUCUCAAUAGAUUUAACACGCACAUCGAGAGUUUCGUCAAUGAAGGCCUAAUGGAUCGUUGGGAGAGAUUUCUGCUCUUUGAUGGCAGGCAUGGAAUAGAGCAUAAAGAAGAUAGUCCUAAGGUUUUGGAUAUGUCACAGCUAUUUGGAGCCUUCAGUUUGUUGAUUAUUUGUCUAGGUGCCUGCGUGUGUGUCUUCAUCUUGGAAAUAUGUAUGUCCCGUGUCAAGCGACACAUCAAGGGUGUAUGUCGUAGGCCAUGCACCGAAGUAAAGCUAAACAAUACAUUGUAAUUUUA